CUAUUCUGAAAAUGAAAUUCUACAUUCUCCUGGUAGUCCUUGUCGCUUUCGUUGCUGCUAAACCGCAUCCGGGGUACGGUAGGCCAUCGUAUGGCGGAGGUUACGGCGGUGGAGGUGGUGAUUUCGGUGGAGGUGGCAGUGGUGGUCAAUGGGGAUCGCAAUCAUCAUCGUUCCAACAGAGUCAAAGCUCGGGAGGAUUUCAGAAUAACGCUGGAGGUGGAUUUGGAGGAGGAAUGGGACCAGGAGGUGGAGGAUGGGGAAGAAGAUAAAUUUUGAAUUUAUGACGUGGAAACUGUGGUUAUUGUUCCGAAUAAAUUUUCCUUAUCGAAG